GUAUACAAUAUACAUCACAAAAGACCCCAAAGCAUACGCGCAAAAGGGUACGAACCUCUCCCACUCUCCCUGGUCUCUGCCGCUCUGCAACCUUUCUCUUCCCCCUAGUCUACGUCAAGUCGUCGACAACGAGCUCUCCCUCUGAUCUCUAGCUUUCAAUCUGCAUGGCUAACAAGCAUACAAUUAUUCUGAUGCAAACAUCUCCAAACCGAGCAACUAGAACAUUUAUGGACUAUGAAUCAAUUAGUCAGGCAAUGGAUGGUAUUUGUGCACUAUAUGAAAGGAAGCUUAAGGAGCUCAAUCCAGCCAUCAGAAACAUCACGUAUGACAUUGCAGAUCUCUACAAUUUCAUUGAUGGCCUUGCAGAUUUGAGUGCACUAGUCUAUGAUCACUCCAUUCAGGCUUAUCUUCCAUAUGAUCGACAGUGGAUUAAGCAACGCACCUUUAAUCACCUUAAGAAAUUGGCAACACAUUAAAAAUUACACUGUAAGCUAUGACCCAGUCUUAGUUGAUGGUUUUAUAAAGCAUGCAAAACACAAGAAAAGGGAAGUCACAGAGAAAUGCAGAGUUGGAGUUCAGUCUUGCGUGCACUUAAGUUAUGCUGUUGAAGUAUAAAUAUGAACAAGAUAGUAGGUUCAGUUCCAUUUGGGUGCAGAUAUACUUGCCUUGAAUGGCUCUCCUGAUUUGAUUUGAGAUAAAUUUCAUCAGGGUGACAGUUAUUGGUUGACGAGCCAUACUCUUUGUUUGUACCGAGCUUGCUUACUCGAAAGGGGGUGUGGGAAUUGAUGUUUCUAUAGUGAUAUACUGGUGUGUAACUUGAUGUUGGAAUCGACAUAAUUGCCUAAAUUGAUGUUUCGAGUUGGUA